AUGACGACGGAUAUGAUCGCCGUGGCUGAGCAGGGCUCUCUCUCUGCGCGCCUGCUCUCCAUGUGUGCAUGUGAUGCUGUGGCUGUGACUUCACACCUCACACUGCAAGUCAUCUGGUCAACUUCUGCUGCAGCUGCUGCUGGUGAUGCUGCUGGUGCUUCCGUUGCUGCUACCGGUGCUGCUGCUGCUGCUGCUGCUGCUGCUGCUGCUGCUGCUUUUAGUGCGACAGCUCCUGCUGCUGCCAAUGCCGGAGAGGGUAGCAGCAGAGGGGUGGGGAGUGGAGGGAUGGAGAGAGGUGGGACAGCAGGGAGUGAACAGCACAUGCAUGCAUGGCUGUCCAGUGUGUUUGACUCUCUGCUGCUGCUCGUGCACACGAGUAAACAGUCAGAGCUGCUUUCGAAGUGCCACCUGCAGCAGCACUUCACAGCUUGCCUGGCUCGCUUGCGCCCCUCUCCCCCCGUUGCGGCCAUGGUCGCCCGGGAGAGGCUCAAGACGCUCGUGCGGCGCAGUGCUGCUGUGCUCUUGCAGCAACAGCAGCAGCAGCAGCAGCAGCAGCAGCGCCUGCUGCUGCAGCAGUCACAGGAUGCACACACAAGAGAAGGAGAAGAAGGCACCACGGGGAAUAAAAGUGAGAGGACACUGUUACAGCAGCUCCUGCCACAACACUCACAGCAACCACAUGCCAGAGCAGGAGGAGGGGAAGGUGGUAAGCAGAUGCAAGGCGGUGUGAGGGUGCGUAGAGGGCUGCAGCAGGAAUCAGAGGAUGAGAAGGAGAAGGAGGAGGAGAAGGAAGAGGAGGAUGAGGAUGAGGAGGAUGACAAUCAGAAAGCAAAGUUGAAGCAGCAGCAAGUGCUCAUACAGCCUCAGCAGCAGCAGCAGCAGCAGCAGCAGCAGGUGCACAAGAGCGCUCCACCCCGCAUCUCCCUGCUCCUAGCGUCGCAGCUACAGUGGAGUCUCGUGCGUGGAGGCUUGGUGGAGAAGAGUGAGCGUGGGCCGCUUUCAAGAAGAACGCACAAUAACCGUUUGGUAGGGCACAGAAUGCAUGCCUUUCAUGACUUUCUUUCGAGAGCUUUCAAGGGCCACUUGUUGGAAAGGGGUCCAGUGGUUGUUGAGGGCGGCAGGGUGGUGGAUCAGGUUGUUGAUAGGGGGGGGAACUGGGAGGAUGGGGAGGAAGAGGAGGAAGAGGAGGAGGAAGGAGAAGGCGAGGGGGCUGAAGGCACGAAAGAUGAUAGUAUAGGCGGUGAUGGUGGUGGUGGUGCUGCUGGUGCUGCUGCUGCAGGGUAUGAGGAGGAGAGGGUUAGUUUCGAAGGGAGCUUGGCGUUUCCAUGUGCUGGGGAUGGGCUUGGACUGCACAGGUUGCCCACGGUUGGAGUUGCAGAUGCAACAUUCGCAGCAGCAGCAGCAGCAGCAGCAGCAGCAGCAGGAGAAGCAGGAGGAGAAGCAGGAGGAGGGGGAGGAGCUGAAGGAGCAGCAGGGGCAGGUGGUGAUGUGUGUUGUUGUCCUGCAGUGCUGUCUCCAUCUGGACGGCUGUUUCUACAGCGGAGGGGAGUGAGAGAGGAUGAGAUGCGAGCACUUCUUCUACAGGGACCGCCCAAGCACAAGGGGCAAACGCAGCUGCAGCAGCAGCAGCAGCAGCAGCAGCAGCAUGAGUAUCCUGCUCAAACCCCUCAGCUUUCAGCUCUCUUGACAGCAGCCCAGGCACAGUAUCUCAUAUUCGCCUACCAUUCCGGAGACUCCGCAUUCAUCCAGGCUCAGGCGUCGUCCCUCUCAGGCUCCUUCCUCGCCUCCUCGCCUCUCUGCCACCCGCUCGCGCUGCCGCCGGUCCCAGUGCAUUCUCUCCCCUUGGUGCAAUACUCGCAAUUCCAAGCAUCAUCUCGUGCACUGGUAUGCUCUGUGGACACCCCGCCUGCUGGUAUAUCCUGGGCUAGCCUCGCCUCAGCCAUGCGCACAUACACACGCUCGCAGGCUGCCAAUGCCGCUGCUGCUGCUGUUAGAUCUGUAUCCGAUGAUUUGGGGGUCGAUAACGCUGGCGAAGAGGAUAAAGGCCGGCAGAGGGAGGCAAGAGAGGCUGGGGAGAAAACGGAGCAGGAGGAGGAGAGGGAGGAGAAGGGGGCGGAGGAGAGGGAGGAGGACGCGUUGCUGUGGUUGUUAACGAGUGGGCAGUGGCGCAAAGUGGCGCUGGUCAGCAAUCCCUACCUGCGUGCUGCUCGAUCCUUCCUCCACGUUUGCCAUCUCAUGCUGGAGGAGCCUACUCAGCCACAGCACCUGCACCAGCAGCAGGAGAAGCGGCAGGAGGAGCAAAAGGAGGAGCGGCAGCAGGUGGGCAAGGCGGCACGGACUUUCGACGCAGCAGCAGCAGCAGCAACAGCAGCUUUUCGGAACAACGUUCAGCCGUUCACCAACCCUCUGCUUGCUUGCAGCAGCAGCAGCAGCAGCAGCAGCAGCAGUACAGCAGCUGCUGCUGCGGCUGUGCUGUUCCAGCAGUACGUGUGUGGAACAGGGCGAGCAGCACAGGUGGCACGGGAGCAUGCGAGGGCUACUGGGGAAGCGUCUGUUUUUGUGCAGCAGGUGCAUGCAUGCUCCCUAGAGAGCAUCAGAUACGACUCCAUUCCGCACAUUGAUUCCGCUGCUCCCUCCUCCUCCCUCACUCACCCUCUCCCUUCCUCCCGAACCUCCACCCGAGCCUCUCUCGUGUCCCCUGAGGAAUGGGAGCGUUUGGCGCGCGACCUGCACAUACCCUCUGUCUCCCAUGCCAUUCAUCUGCUGCUGCCUCUAGGCCUCCCUCCUCCCCUUCUCUCCCAGACUCUCCUUCAAUUGUAUAGCAAGGUACAACCAACCUCCCAUUGA